UGAGUGCAUGACGUGUCAUGGCACCUUUCGAGAUUUGAUGUUCGUUGCGAUAUAAUGUUCCAUGCGAUUGACAAACGUGUGUAACGGAGUUACGGGACGGGAAUUAUUAUGAAGUGAUGCGACUAAUCAUUUAAUGUAGUAUCCAAAAUACGAUUUUAGUAGACAAUAGAUACUUUACAUUAAAAGUGAAUGAUAAUGGCGAGAAUAUUAUCGAUAUGGCUGUUGUGUACGCUCUACGUAGUUAAUGAAAUAUCAGCAUUUUACUUGCCCGGUUUAGCACCAGUAAAUUUUUGUAAAACUGACGACGAUUCUUCGAAAAACUGUAAGUCUGAAAUCAAAUUAUAUGUUAAUCGUCUCAAUACCGAGAAAUAUGUUAUACCUUACGAAUAUGAUCGAUUUGACUUUUGUACUGCGGAAAAAGAAGAAUCUCCAGUUGAAAAUUUAGGGCAAGUAGUCUUUGGAGAGCGAAUUCGUCCUUCUCCAUACAAGUUGAAAUUCUUGGAACCAAUUUCAUGUCAAAAAGCAUGCAAAAAAGUUUACACAGGAGGAGAAGAAGCUUCAGAAAAGAAGUUGCAAUUCCUUAAAAAGGGUAUAGCACUUAAUUAUCAACAUCAUUGGAUCAUUGAUAAUAUGCCAGUCACAUGGUGUUAUCAAAUACAAGAUGAAAGACAAUAUUGCAGUACUGGUUUUCCAAUGGGCUGUUUUACGAAGGAACCACGUUCGCAACAGGAUACCUGUAGCAUUAAUGGUCCAUAUCACAACCCAAAAACAUAUUAUUUAUUCAACCACGUAGAUCUUAACAUAACAUAUCACAGUGGAGUCAAAGAAGAAUGGGGAGCGAGUUUCAAAGCAAAUGGUGGUCGUAUUAUUUCUGUAAAAGUUAUUCCUCGUAGUAUCAAACACGAAAAUGGCCUAAAUUGUGAUAGUAAAAAAGCCAUGGAUUUACCAUAUGGUGAUCUUCCUGUUGGUCAAAAAUUGGAAAUAACAUAUUCGUAUUCUGUAACAUUUUCCCAAGACAAUACAAUCAAAUGGUCAUCCAGGUGGGAUUAUAUAUUAGAAUCAAUGCCACAUACAAAUAUACAAUGGUUUAGUAUCCUGAAUUCAUUAAUUAUUGUCUUAUUUUUAUCUGGAAUGGUGGCAAUAAUAAUGCUUCGUACAUUGCACAAGGAUAUCGUGAGAUAUAAUCAGGCCUACUUCCAGAUAGAGUCAGGAGAGGAUGCACAGGAAGAAUUUGGAUGGAAACUAGUACAUGGUGAUGUCUUCCGACCACCACGUAAAGGAAUGUUACUAUCAGUUUUACUUGGAUCGGGUAUACAAGUCUUUUUCAUGACUCUUGUUACACUAGCAUUUGCUUGUUUGGGUUUUCUGUCUCCUGCUAAUAGAGGAGCAUUAAUGACAUGUGCAAUGGUAUUGUAUGUAUGUCUUGGUACCACAGCUGGUUAUACAGCUGCUCGAAUUUAUAAAAGUUUUGGUGGAGAAAAAUGGAAAUCUAAUGUAUUGCUUACAUCAAUGCUAAGUCCUGGGAUUGUUUUCGGUUUAUUUUUUAUAAUGAACUUAAUUUUUUGGGUAAAAGGAAGUUCAGCUGCAGUACCAUUCAGUACUCUCAUUGCCCUUUUAGCAUUAUGGUUUGGUGUUUCCGUUCCACUAACAUUUAUUGGAGCUUAUUUCGGAUUUAAGAAAAGGUCACUGGAGCAUCCAGUAAGAACUAAUCAAAUACCAAGACAAAUACCAGAACAAAGUUUUUAUACGCAACCAAUACCUGGCGUAAUAAUGGGCGGUGUUUUACCUUUUGGCUGUAUAUUUAUUCAAUUAUUCUUUAUUCUUAACUCACUUUGGUCUAGCCAAGUGUAUUACAUGUUUGGAUUCCUUUUCCUAGUAUUUCUAAUACUUGUGAUUACAUGUUCUGAAACUACUAUCUUACUAUGUUAUUUUCACCUUUGUGCAGAGGAUUACCAUUGGUGGUGGCGCAGCUUUUUAACAUCAGGAUUUACAGCUUUUUAUUUGUUGAUUUACUGCAUACAUUUCUUCAUGACAAAAUUAGAUAUUGAAGAUGCCACAUCCACGUUCCUUUAUUUUGGAUAUACUCUGAUUAUGGUCUAUCUGUUCUUUUUACUGACAGGUUCAAUUGGUUUCUUUGCUUGCUUCUGGUUUGUGCGUAAGAUCUACAGUGUUGUAAAAGUUGACUAAUUGGACAGUUAGUAACCAAAAGUAUAAAUAUAAAAUGAUUGUGGUACAACAAGAUGAAAUGAAUGAUAACAAGAAUGUCCGAUAGUACAAUGAUCAUUUGUUAUUCAUAUAUAACUUAUGUUCGAGUUAUUCAAAUCCUCUUAUUUCAAAUAUUAUUGUGUAAAAAAAUAACAUUUAUUUUACAAUAAUAUUUGAUUAAGGUUUCAUUCACAAUUUCAUAAGAUAAUUUAGGUAUGAAAAUAUUCAAGAAUAAAAAUCGACUAUCGACCAUUCUUAAUAAAUUUUAUACAACAAAUAAUGAGAUGCGAGCAAGCUUGCACGCACAUCGCACUCCGUAUGAGUGUAAUCUAAUAUUAUGAUAUUGUUUCCAAAAUGUUUUAGUGAUGUACCAAUUAAUUUAUCAAAACAUGUCUGUGAAGAGAACAUUACCUAUGGUAUUUGGCCUACGCAAAACUAAGAAACAAAAUAAAAUACAGGUACCACUGUUAUGUUUCAAAUACAUUGUACUUUUUCAAUUUA